UGUAGGACUUUCGACCUCGAACAUUAUCAGAUUCGCUUAUAUUCCCAAGCUCGUUGGUCCACGUCAUUGAUGCCCGACACUCAGCCUCAUUCUCCCCUGAACACUGCCCUUCUGAUGAUAGACAACUUUUAAGUAUUGAGAAUAGUUAGCAUCAGCAUCAUAACGAGUAAAACUCAGGUUUGCUUUCAUAAUGGCAGCGCCAGCGGAGAAGACUAAAGUAUAUCGACUUCGUAAUUUACCUGGUCAUGUGGAUAGACAGUCUGCUGCCGAGCUCGUCUCGGCAUUUAUCGAAGGAGCCUUACCUCAAGAUAUCCGCAUCUCCUCGUUGGCUUAUGCAGUCGAUCCAUGGGAACGGCCGCCCACCAAGACGGCGACCUUGACAUUCGAAAAAGGUGACCCUACAAGUCUCUUUAACUCUAAUAAUGGCGAAUGGAUAUUCAUGAAUCCCGCCCUGGCAAAACCUCUCAUUCUUGAUAGCCAUUUUCGUGGUCUCACCCCGCUCAAUGAAAUAGCCCCUGAGAACCAUCAAUACGACUGCAUCGCUAUUUCUGGCCUUGCAAGUCACCCCUUUGGCUCGUGGCAACCCCAUGGGAGAGAUAAAUCUUUCAUGUGGAUCCGGGAUGAAUUGCCUCAGUUUCUCCCAACAGUGCGAUUUAUUCUUUACGGCUAUGAUACGAUUCUCCGUCCGAGCACAUCUUUUCAGAGGGUCUCGGAUCUCGCGAACUCAUUCAUUGAUGUCUUACAAGCAGGUGGAUGGACCUCGCCAACAGCGAAACCGCUCUUGUUUCUGGCUCAUAGCCUUGGCGGUGUUAUUUUGAAGCAGACAUUGUUAAUGCUUGCUGGAGCUGGACAGCAGCAGGCGUCUAUCACCAAUUUAAUUCAGGGAGCUAUCUUUUUUGGCGUACCGAGUCAGGGUAUGGCUAUAGAUGAUAUCUUCAGAAUGCUCGGAGACCAACCGAAUAAAGACGCCCUUGUUACCGAGAUCUCAAAUGAGUCAAACUACCUCUCGCAGCUUGAGAAGCAGUUUUCGGGGAUUUCUUUUGUGCGAACAUUGAAAAUAUUUUGGGCGUAUGAAACCAAACUGACGCCGACUGUCGCAUCUUCCAACAAUGUCAGUUCUAGCAGAUCAGGACCAGAAACGGUGCUAGUAACUCGAAGAUCUGCUACGGGAGGACGUUGUUAUGAAGAUCCUUCGCUAACGAUUCAGAUUGACGAAAACCAUUCUGACAUUGUGAAAUUCACCCGUGGCGACCAUAGAAUCCGCAUACUUGUGAAUAGGCUAGCAAACAUAUGUGGAAUAUGCCCAGUCUUUGAUCGUUUAGACUUAGGGAUUGUCCCCAGUAGUGUUUCGACUGACAGCAGAGGUAUUCCCGAUGAUCACACAUGGAGUAUACAUGAUCAGCAAUUGGUCGUAAAUGGUAUUGAAAAUCGGGUAUGGAUUCAAGACCCCGUUGUGUGGGAUAAUCAAGUCGUUUUAAGGUCUUUAUGCGCGCCGGAGCGUGAUUUGCGUAUGCAGCAAAUCGACCCUGCUGCUACUUACACUUUCGAUUGGGUAUACGACGAUAUUUCUAUUGGUAUAUCUGAAUGGCUGCAGAGAGGAGAGGGAAUUUUUUGGAUUAGCGGCAAACCAGGGUCCGGGAAGUCUACGAUGAUGAAGUUCAUUCAUAAUGAUCAGAGAACUUCCGAGCUUCUACACAAGUGGAAUUCUAAAGCUCGACAAAUCAUGCCUACCUUUUUUUUCCAUCAUCGUGGCAACCAUAUUCAAAGGUCCUUUGAGGGACUUCUACGAAGCAUCAUCAGUCAGAUUCUGGAAGCAGAAGAGACGAUUUUUGAGGUAAUUCGAUCAGCAUUCGAUGAGGAGUACCUCAAGCGAAUAAAGACGAAAGGACUUGGAAGCCUACAAUCCGAUAUCCUUCAAUUAACGAAACAGUGCGAUAUAACCGAGAAUGCAUUACUGGCCCAGGAUAUCGAAACAAUUAUACGAAGCUUAGACCUUUGUCCGUUUCUACCUCAGGCCAAUCCCGUUGAUCUAGAAGCUGAGAUUUACAGAUUAAUUCUGAAAUAUAGUGAUCAGCCUAAUAAUCACAGCAGAAUAUCUGAUAAUCGUCGGCUAGAGCUGGGUGUUGAAAAUCAACGAAGCCUAGGGGAAGGGGUACAACAGCAAUCAUCAAACAAAGCUAGAAAUAGUAUUAUCAAAGCUAUUGUGGAGCGUCACGAAUCACGCAUAGAUAUCCAAAACAAGAUUCAGAACGAGGAAUGGACCAAGUCAAGGCUAGAAGAUAUCCUUCUUCGGAUAUGUUCUCAAACAUUGCUCGACUUAGAUCUCUUUUUUCUUCUAGAUGCCUUGGAUGAAUAUGACGGGCGUCCUGAAUUUAUUUCAGGAUUUCUCAAAGACCUUGCCAAGGACGCGAGUUACCCAAGAACUAAGGUUAGAGUUUUAUUCUCAAGCCGGCACUGGGAUGUAUUUCAAAGGGAGUUCGACCCUUCUCUAGGAUUUAGAAUCCACGAACAUACCAAGGGCGAUAUUCGCAAUUAUUGCAUCUCGUCUAUAUGCAAUACUUUUCAGGCACCUGGAUGCCUGAUUUCAUUUGUCGAAGAGAUUGUAACUCGUUCUCGUGGGGUUUUCCUUUGGGUGAAGCUCGUCCUACACGAUCUUUUCCGGAUUAUGAGAGAGCACAACCACACAAGACAUUCAGCAGAGAACAGUUUACGCAUGGCCCUCGAUUCCAUGCCAGAUGAACUCGAGGAAUAUUAUACAGCUAUUAUUGAAAGAAUCCCACCAGCAGUUCGGUGGGACACCUAUGUUGUCCUAGAAUGCCUAGCUAGAAGAACUGGAAACGCUCUCACAGUGAGCGAGCUCUACAUGAUUGCGGCAUGUUCCACAGCUAAGACACGCCUCAGUAAUGACCAAUGGAAACAAAUCAAGGAAUCUAGUCGUGGUACCCAGGCUAAACAGUUUGUUAGGAACGUCUCUGGCGGAUUGGUGGAUAUCUUUCGUUCCGGCGUUGUUCAGCUUAUGCAUCAAACUGUCAAGGAUUUCAUUGAGAAAUCACAGUUUCGACACUUGGUACUUGGGCACAAUCGUGCAAGCAUAACAGAGGAUAACGGCCACUCGUUCCUAGCAAAGUAUUUAUUCUUAUUAUGCUACGAUGGUUACGCUGGCACCACAAGCAUCAAUAUUAUGAAAGAUUUUGCUUUCCACGCUCGUGAAACCGAAAGAACAAUGGGUGUAAGUCAAUAUACAUUCUUUGCCCAUGCCUCGGUCAACGAUCCAUCCAUCCCAAUGUAUUAUCACCUGCAUUUAGCUGUGUUCGCCGGCCUCCAACUCUGCCUAGAGGAUGUGCACAAGGCGGAGAGUAGCGCGUUCACAAACUCGAGCACACUUAUCACGAGCGUCAUGGAAAGCAUGGAUAAUGCAACAUCUUACGAUCGUAGGAAAAUAGUACAGUCUCUUCUCUCAAAGGGGUUCAUCAUCGAGAAAGAUCCGCAUGGCCUUGGCCUGCUUUUUUGUAAGAUAUGGAGCGGAGCAAUUCGCGAUCCCGGAUGGCAAUACCACGGGCCGCACUACCACGGGCCGCACGGUGAGCCAGAUCAAGACUGCAGCAACAUAGCCAGUGACAUAGUAAGCCAACUAAAAGACACCGAAAUCCUAAUCGACUGGAACAGUGCUUCUGCGGCGGAACACCUGAACUUGGCUGGGUUUUGUUCCGGCACAAUUUUACACCUGAGCCCUCCUAAUAUUGCCGCCAAAUUGCUGGAGCAAGGAGCAAACCCUAAUGCCCAGGACGCUUGGGGUCGAUCGCCAUUAGAUUAUAUUCUAUUUCAUGGGACGAUACAUCUUCCAGACCCCGGAUAUCUUCACGGGUUAUCGUUGCUAUUGAUCAAAUAUGGCGGUCUAUUACGAACUACGACAAAUACGGAGUGGAACAUGCACCUCCAUCAUCUGGAAAAAAACGGGUUUAGCACAGAGGUUUUCGAGGAUUACGGCUUUCCUGCUUGGGACCAUACAAAGCCGAGAUACUUACAACGCCAGAGUAAUGGCGAAAGCUCCCAAGGAUUAGACAGGAAGCAUGAUACCAAGUCAUGGCUGCCCCGAAGCUCCCCACCCCGAAACCGUCGUGAUUAUGGGCCACCCCAAGCAAAGGCGCGGCGAGCCACCACCACACGAAAACGACAUCGGCGACAAGGUUAAGCUAGAGCUAUAAGAAUCCUAAAGCUAAAUUUCUCGGGGGUCUAAUGUAUAAUAUUCAUCUUUCAGGGUAUAUUGGUCACUCUUUUCUUACUCUCCUUGCAAAUCAAACGUACAGGUUAAUUAUCAAAUUUGAUACUUCCCUAGACAGCACGAACGGGGGCACAAGUUAUAUAGAAUUUGCUAUAUUAUGAUAUUUAUCUACUUACUGGAACUGAGCGAAGAGGAAGAAAUCUACUUAAAGUAUAGUGGGCUGGCACAGUGUAGUCUCAGGGGUAUCAGGAGAUUAUUGUCGAGAUUCAUACAGCCUAGGCCACUCGGACUUUUAUUUACGUUAAUCAAGAUGCAUGAAACGAGAUACGAUUCAGAUGAUGACUUUAAUAGAGAGUUGUGCUAUUUGCAUAUUGGUCU